AUGGCUUGCAUCACCCUCCCCAAUCAUAACAACGCUUUUUCACUGGCGGAGCCUCACAUAAAGUCUAAAGACCAUGGAUAUGGUGCUCACGAGUCAGAUCCCGAGUACAGAGAAGACGACAAUCAUGAUGUCCUCAAGAAGUGCCUUCACCAUCUAGGCCUGGCCAAGAACUACGCGCCGCAGUGGCUUCCCAGAGAUGCCUUCAGGGAAUUCUAUCAAAAUUGGAAGGACGGCAGAGUUGAGUCGUUCGGAGUGGAUCCCCAAUCCAUCAAGCCUGUUUUUCUCAGGAAUGAUGAUCAAGAGAUCCACAUCACCGUUUCUGUCGGCACCCCGUCCGGCGCAGUCACGGACAAUGCUCAACUUCUUGGCUACAUCCGAUUCCAGAGCAAACCGGGGUAUCUGGAGUUGACAAACUUCAAAGCCAAGCUUGAGCAGAGAUAUCUUGACCUCGGGGAGACCACGAAGCGGAAUAACAACGCACUUGCAGGAGGGCGCGGCGAGGGUUUCAAGUUGGCGGCGCUUAUGAUGCGACAUAAUGGCGACUCCGUCAGAGGGCUGAAUACACACGACAAGACUCCCGCCUGGUUUGAUGAGCUCGCACAGGAGAAUUACACCUGGUAUGACGACCCGAACGCAAAGAAGGCCAUGCUCGCCUUCGGGCGAUGA